AUGGAACCACAGGAUCAGACUGCUGUCGUUGGAUCCAGGGUGACAUUACCAUGUCGAGUAGAGAACAAAGUUGGUCAGUUGCAGUGGACGAAAGAUGACUUCGGUUUAGGUUUACAUAGAGAUCUUAGUGGCUACGAUCGGUACAAAAUGAUUGGAAGCGAUGAAGAAGGUGACUAUUCAUUGGACAUAAGAGACGUAACAUUAGAAGAUGACGCCAAAUAUCAGUGCCAAGUCAGCUCUGGACUUCGAGGUGAACCUGCAAUUAGGUCUCGAUAUGCCCGACUCACAGUCCUCGUUCCACCCGAGCCGCCCAAAAUACUGCAAGGGAAUUUCUUCUCUACCGCUGAAGACAGAACAGUCAAAUUGGAAUGUGUGUCAGUUGGUGGAAAGCCAGCAGCUGAGAUUACGUGGGUGGAUAGUAAUGCUGGAGUAAUAACACAAGGAGUUACGAAUACUAUCGAGCCUCUAUCGGACGGGCAAAGAUUUACGGCUAGAUCUAUUAUAAAAAUGACACCGAAGCAAGAGCAUCAUAAUCAAACCUUCACAUGUCAAGCGCAGAACACCGCAGACAGGGCGUACCGAGCUGCCAGUAUACAAAUAGAGGUGAAAUAUGGACCUAAAAUAAAACUGUUUAAGAGAUCUGGUAACAAAGGAAAAAUACCUGAAGGAGAGGAUCUUAUUGUAGACUGUAAAGCUGAUGCAAACCCAAAUAACAUGACAUUCAGAUGGUACUUGGAUGGGGAACUUGUUGGUAACACUUCAGAAUUGAUUAUAACAAAUAUAACAAGAAAAUAUAACGGAGCUGUUCUAAAAUGUUUGGUUCACAACGAAGUGGGCAAAAGCGAGGAGUCGGAAAUAUUGGAAGUAACAUAUGCGCCCACAUUCAGAAAUAUUCCUAAAGACGUGGAAGCGGAGAUCGGUAAAGUCGCAACUUUGAGCUGUGAUGUAGAUGGACAUCCAAAACCCGAAAUUGAGUGGCUUCACCGUGAAGAAGAUCAAAAUAUUCGCGUGGGCAGAACGGCAAAUCUGACUCUCACGGUUGAUACGCAUACCUCUGGGCGAUACAUAUGCAAAGCUAACGUCGAAGGUUAUCCAGAAAUCGAGGCAGAAGCUGCUAUUUUUAUAAAAGGCCCGCCCAAAAUUAUAUCUAAUAACACGCAAUUUGGCUCCCAAGGAGAUAGUGUUAAUAUAGAAUGCGCUGCUUUCUCUGUACCAAGAAUAGACAACAUCAUUUGGACUUUUGAAGGAAAAGAAAUCGACGCACUACACGAUCAGGACUACGCUUUCUUAGAAGAUUUGCAACCAGGAGGUGUUGUUAAUUCAACGUUGAUCAUCAGGGCAAGUCAAUCAAAACACUUUGGAACUUACAAAUGUAAUGUCUCAAAUGAAUAUGGGAGUGACAUUUUAGAAAUAACACUCAGACCUAACAAAUCUUUGCCUUUGCUAUUGAUUUUGUUUGGAGUAACAUCUGGGACAAUAAUGGUGGCAGCACUAAUAAUGUUAGUGAUAAUAUGUCAAAGAAAACAAAGGAAGAAUAAACAGGCACAAAUGACUGAGAAGCCAGAUGUCACAGUCACUGCGGAAGAAUUGUUUAAGGAAAACGAUAGAAAUUCAAACAUAAGUGAUUUGAAACUGGAAUUACGACAAGUCAAUGGAAGUUGUGAAGUUGAUUACUCGAAUACUGGAUCAAACAGUACUUUAUGUUCCAAUGCAAAAUUAGGGAGUGGCAUUCCAUUAGCCGGCACAGUGCCCCUGUCUUCAAUGAAUCAGAGCAACACAACAUAUCAAGGCUAUAGAUAUAGCAACGAUUAUACAGAUCCAGCCUAUUCUGACUGUUACAAGGUCAAUGGCUUUAAUAAUGGAUAUCAAACUUAUGUACAUUAUGGGCACGACUAUACUCCAGGAUCGUUAAGAGUAACCUCACCCACUUUGAGCAAUGACAAGUUAACUCCUAAUAGGUCUAUAAACGGUAGCCUACCUAGGAGUGUGGAGACUUCAUCGACAGCGCAAUUCAAUGCAGGGAGUGGAUCUCAGAAUAAUUCAUUACAGCGCUCAACCAAAGGACAAGAUAGUAGUAAUGCAUUAAAUAAUUUAGGCGUGCCGACAGCUGAAGGAAAUAGAAUUCCUAAUGGAGGCUUAAUACAUGGGGUGGAUGUGAGAUAUGCCGCUACGUAUGGAAAUCCACAUUUGAGGACAGGCUCUGGGUUGGGCUUUCCAACAACUGUGAACACGGCUAAGCCAGCAUCUACGCCUUUGCCGCCUCCUUAUUCAUCUGUAAGGAAUUCUGUAAUUUUGCCAUCAGGAAACUCAUCACAUUCAAUAACAUCGCCAACGAGCCUAGUAUCGCCGCAAUGCGCAACAAGUCCAAUAACAAAUUCUACGAUGUCAACGGACAGCACACAGCCAGUGCUUGGCGUUGCUACGUCAUCAACGACACCUCAAUCUCCAAGCGCACAUUAUAUAUUGGCUCCAUCGACUAGAACUUUGAGUAAUACUGCUGUUACUAAAAAAGGCAAUGCUCAACAGCCCUUAGCAACACACGUGUAG